AUGGUGAGUUACUAUGAGGUUCUAGGUGUGCAGAGACAUGCCUUGGCUGAGGACAUCAAAAAGGCGUAUCGGAAACUGGCACUGAAGUGGCACCCAGAUAAAAAUCCUGAGAAUAAAGAAGAAGCGGAGAGGAAAUUCAAACAAGUAUCCGAGGCGUAUGAGGUGCUCUCCGACGCUAAGAAACGGGACGUCUAUGACAGAUGCGGCAAAGGAGGAUUCAAUGGUGGAGGUGGAGGUGGAGGUGGAAGAAGUCACUUCGACAGACGGUCCGGGUUCGGCUUCACAUUCCGGAAGCCGGAUGACGUGUUCAGGGAAUGUUUUGGUGGAAGGGACCCGUUUUCAUUCUCGGAAGACCCACUUGAUGACUUCUUUGGAGCUCGGCGGGGUCCCAGUGGGAGCAGGAGCCGGGGAACCACCUCGUUCUUCUCUGCCUUCACGGGGUCCUCUGCUUUCGGUGGAAAGUUUCCAUCUUCCGAUGCAGGAUUUUCUUCCUUCGGGCCCAUAGGCCCUGGGGGUCUCAAUUCAUUCCCUUCCAUGUCCUUUGGUGGCGGUGGUAUGGGCAACGUCAAGUCCGUGUCAACUUCCAUCAGAAUUGUUAACGGAAGAAAAACCACCACAAAGAGGAUUGUCGAGAAUGGUCAAGAGAGGGUAGAAGUGGAAGAAGACGGCCAGUUGAGGUCCUUGAAGAUAAAUGGUAAGGAGCAGCUUGGAUAA